CUUAAAAAAAUGAACUUUAUAUUUAUAAGAUAAAUAUUAUUAUAAAGAAGUCCUUUUUUUUAGAAAUAUCUUUAAAUAUCUGGGUUCUUUUAAGAUUUAUUUAAAUGUUCUUCUUUUAAAUCUAAAUUGGGGUUUUUCAUAAGCUAAAAAAUGAUUUUUAUUCAAACAAGAAGCACAUAUCGUUUAUUAUUUCAUAAAAAUAUAAAUAAAGACUUGUUUUUGAUUCAUAAUAAGCAUUUUUUGUGCUUUAAAUCUCGUUUUUCUACUUUAAAUACACAAAGAAAUAAGGAAAGGAUUGGUCCAUUCUCAUGGAAAUCUGGAUCUUUGUUUCUCAUAACGGGUAUCUUUCUUGUCUGGCAUUUUAAGAAUGAGAAGAAAAAAGUGGAACAAAGACGCCAUUCAAAUCAAAAUAUAUCUAUUGGAAAACCUAGAAUAGGUUCUGAUUUUGAAUUGGUUGAUCAUAAUGGAAGAAAUGUCACAAAUAAGGAUUUUUUGGGCAAAUAUAUGUUGAUCUAUUUUGGAUUUACUAGAUGUCCUGAUAUUUGUCCAGAAGAAUUAGAUAAAAUGGCUUCUGUGAUUAAUAAUAUCAAUAGUCAAAGAAAUCUACUGACACCUAUUUUUAUUACAUGUGAUCCAAAUAGAGAUACUCCUUCUCAGAUCAAAGAAUAUCUUAAAGAGUUUCAUACUCAAAUAAUUGGACUAACAGGAAGCUACGAAGCAAUUAAAGCUGUCUGCAAGGCUUAUCGUGUUUAUUUCUCAACACCACCUAAUGUAAAACCAGAUGAUGAUUACCUUGUAGAUCAUUCUAUUUUUUUUUAUUUAAUGGAUCCUGAUGGUCAUUUUGUAGAUGUUUUUGGCCGACAAUACAAUGCACAACAAAUAACUUCAAAAAUAUUACAAUAUAUUAAUGAUUGGGAAACAUCAAAAGGAUACAUCAUAUAA